CACAAAUAAAAUAUAUUACUAUCCUGUCGUGGCGAAACAUUUUUUCUAUUUAAGAAAAAAGAAAAAAAAAAUAUUAUUUUAAAAUAGGAAAAAAUUAGUUAAAUAAUAUAAAAAAAGUGAAUUUACAUCAUUUAUAAGUGAAAUAAUUAAAAUAUAAUAAAAAUAUUAAAAAGUUUAAGUGUUUAAAUCAGCAAAUUUAAUAAAAGCAAGCUAAAAAAAAAAAAAGAAAAAAAAAUUUUUUUUUUCCAAGUGCGUGAGCAGCAGACAGCCAUACGGUUUUUUUUUCUUCAUAUUUUUUUUUUUAAUUUCAAAGAAAAAAAAUUUUCUAACAAGAAAAAAAAAAGUUUGAAAGGAAAAAGAAAAAAUUGUUUUAAAAAAUAUUUUUUAUGUCUUUUAUAAUUUUCUAUUUUUAUUUGUUUUUUUUUCUCCAAUAAAAUCUAAAUACAUAUUUAAACAAGAAACAAAAAAAAACUUUUUGAGAAAUGAGAAAUUUAUUUUGCAUUUAUAAUUAAAAAAUUACGAUUUUUGACUUUUGACUUUGAAGGAAGAGUGAAAGAAGAAAAAAAAAUUUCUAAAAAAGAUUUUUUUUUUUUAAUAUCAAUUUUUCUUUUUUAAAGAUACUGGCAUUCACGUAAAAACAAAAAAUAAGAUAAACUACAUAAGUGAAAGAAGAAAAACCUUUUAGGUAAAAAAGAAACCUCAAAUUUUCGAACAAGAAAAAAAAAUUCUAUUCAAAUUGUUUUGAAGGAAAGAAAAAGAAAAUAAAAAACUACAUACAUAACUUCAUAUAUAAUAUAAUUAAAACUUACACAGAGAGAAAUAAAAAAAAAUUGAUUUUAUAUUUUAAAUAACAAUUUGCAAAAAUUCUCAAAUUGUGAAAAUAUCGUAAAUUAAACACCACGGGAGAAAAGUUUUUCAGUUUUAUAAACCAAUUUUUUAAGUUAAAAUUUUUUUGCAUUAAAAAUUAAAUCAAAAUAAAGAAAAUACAAAAAGAAAAAAAAAUAACAAAAUUUUCAUAUAAUCUUAAAAAUCUACUACACCACAAAUUAUUAAGACGAGUAGCUUAGCAUCUCAAAUUCAUUAAUUUUUAUGUUCUUGUAUUUAAUUUUCAAAUAAAAAAAUAAACGAAAUACUAAAAAAAAAUAAAGGAAAUAAUCACACAAAUCAUUUUUUUUUGUGUCAUAUUAAUAAAAAUCAUCAUACUUACACAGAAAAAAAAAAAACAAAAAUCAACGCCUUUGUGAAUUUUUAUUAUUAAAUUUAAAGAAAACAAUAAAAGGUAUUUUGUAAUAUUGUUAUUAAAACCAAAAUUAUACCUACAAUAUAUAAUUAAAAAUUCCUCAAUUGAUGAUAAUAUAAUUAAAAAAAAAUACACCUAUUUUACCUAAUCAUCAUUGUAAUUAAAAGUUAAAUAAUAUAAAAAAAAAAAAUAUUAAAACAGAAAUCAAUGAAAUCUUCGCUUAUUUAUUUUUAAUAUUAAAGUUGAAAUUUAUUAUUAAUUUUUUUUUUUCGGUUUUGUUAUUCGCUUUUUAUAACUGAGCUAAUUAGACAGAAAAUAAGAACAAAAAAAAAAAAUAAAAAACAGUAAUAUUAAUUACUACCUUGCAAAAGCAAAAAAAAAAGUACAUUUCUUUUUUGACAUAAAAAAAAAAGGCGAAAGUGACCAAAACAAAAGACUGAUUCGUGUAAUAAUAUUAAAAAGUUCGUAUCAAUUGUGGGAAGCGAAAUUUACGUAUCCAAUAAAUAUUGAAAGCAAACAAAAAAAACAUUUGUGAAAACUUGAGAAGCUAAUACAAACCUAAUAAUAGAACUGAGUAAAAGCCUUUGUUUUUACAAAGGUGAUUGAGAACAGCAAGGAGUUACUUACGCUGAUGAGGAUUCACUGGCAGCAUGAGUACUCUGGGGGGAAGUAGGGGGGAGCGACAAGCAAAGCCCAAAUUCGCAGCAUUCAGAAUAAAUGAAUUACAUAAUAGCAACCUUAGCGAAUCUCUAGAGCCUUCACAACAAAAAAAUCAAGUACCCCGAAACUAUGGAAUGCAAAGCUUGGGUAAAGUACCAUCAGCUAGACGGCGACCGGCUAAUCUUCCAUCCAUAAAAGCUGAAACUUCACCAACAACAACAAACCCGUCUGGUACUCCGCAGACAUCUCCAACAUCAAAUCAACAAGAACAUCAAGAGCAACCGCAACAACAUAACCAGCAGCAACAGCAACAGCAACAACAACAGCAGCAACAACAAGCUACAAAUAAUUUUGUUUCAACAACAUCAUCAAAAGCAACAGCUAAUAUAAGUAAUCAACAUAAUAAUAACGCAACUGGGAUAAGUUCAAUAAAUCUGAACGCUAUAAAUAGCAAUUCAGUAAUAACAAGUGGAAGUUCCGGUGGUAUAAAAACAAAAUCCAAUUCACAUACUUCUAAACAAUCUGGUUCUGGUGGGAAUAAUAAUUCACUAACAUGGUCUUCAGUCACAACAGGUUCACAUGGUGGACAAGAUGGUUUAUCGUUACCACCAUUAUAUCAAAGUCCACAAUUUCAACACGAAUUCCCAUCUUUAGAUGGAACAACCGUGGUCAAUUCAGCUCAACCACAAAUACAGACCAACAAUAUCAACAAUCGACAAAUCUCGCAAAAUCAUCACCACAAAGAUGCUCAAAACAAUUACAGAGAUGGAAAUUCAGGCGGCGGAAAACAAAGUGCGGAAGGAAAUUUAGAAGGCAUGCAAAACGUCAGUUUAAGACCGCAAACAGAUACAGUGAAUUGGUUGCAACAACAGCAAAGUGGAAAUGGAGGAAAAGGUGGAAAUGGAGGAAGUUCUAUUUCUCAAAGUGGAAAUAUAAGCCAAGAAAAUCAGCAAAAGCCGACUGCAUCGAUUCCUCCUCAAUUUCUGGCAUUGAUGCCCCCUUUUGCUUGCCGAGGUGGGGCACCACAACCAACAGAUUCAUCGCCGACAAACGAACAAGGAGGCGUAGGAGGCAUACGUUCAAUAACACCGCCACAGAAUCACGUUGGUGGCGGUGGUAUAAAUAAUAAUUAUCAAAUUAAUAUGAACGGUAAUUUUUCAAUGCAUCAAGCUAAGAAAGAUUUUCGUACUAACUCACCAAAUCCCAUUAAUUAUCGGAAUCAAACGGGCCCUGCAAAUGUGAAACGUCCAUCUGCACAAUAUGCACCUGGAAGUGGAGGGCGAUUACGUGACAAAGAAACUCCUCCAUUUAUAGAACCAGAUCUUGGAUUAACGCAGCGCCCAAUUAUUAGAGAGGAAGACUUAGAACGAAUGGACUCAAUUGCAAAAGAUGACGGAUGGACUCAGCAUGAUGAAAUUGAUUAUAAUCAAACUUUGAUUUUCUCAGACGAUGAUUCUCCAACAGGUUCUUCUCAAGAUAAUAGAAGUGGUUCUCAUGGAUAUUCUGUAAAAGAUGCAAAGAAACAUAGUCAGCAACUAUCAAAUACACAACAGUCGUCAUCUCAACCGAGACAUAAUCAAAGAAGGUCAGACGACGACACUCGAUUACCUAACUCUCAUGGUGGCGCAAUUUCUCAUUGGAGUCGUGAAAAAGAUCGUACAGAUCGUGAACAUAUUGAAAGAGAUCGUGGUGAAAGAAACGAUAGGGAACGGCGUGAAAAUAAUGCACAAAUCGAUCGAACGCAGCAAACGAAUGGACAUCGAAGCGUUGUAAGUAGUAAUAGUACCGAUCUAUUGGAAAGGGCAAAACAGCGCCGCAAGGAAGAAGAGGAUAAACGCGAAUUAGAGAGAAAACAGGCGGCAGCAAAAAAAUUACAAGAAUUAGAAUUGAAAAUGAAUACUAAAAAAUCUGCUUCUUCAUCCAACGUUUUGAGCGGCUCAGUUAGCCACUCAGAUGUUGAGGAAUAUGAUAACAAAAGUAAGAACAAUACCGACAAAGAGGAGGAGACCAAUAAUAAUAGCUACAGUCGAAGUGGAAGACCAUAUCGAGAUAAUAAAGAUAAUUAUUCGAGAUAUGAUAAAUACGAAAAAUAUUCAGAUAAGUAUUAUAAUAGGGAUGGGCGAAUCGAUUCAAAUUAUAAAGAUAAUCGUGGUAAUUUAUCUAGCGGAAAUACGGGAUCUCAAUCUCAGGCAAGAGAAGUGAAAACUACAGUGUUUUCCGGACAUUUUCAAACAAAUCUUCCACCGAGAUUUUUGAAGCAACAACAAUCACAACCUAGUAAUAAUGAACGUGAUAGGGACAGGUCUUCUGCACAAAUAAGUGAUCGUUCUCAACAACAGCAAACACCAGCGAAUUCUAAUGUUGGAGGCUCCAAUCAGAACAGAAAUAUCACUGCCAAUAAUCAAUCGCUGUCUCGUGUCCCUCCAGACACGAAGAUAGUGCCUAAAAAUUCUAUGGGUGGAUAUUCCUCCCAACAACAACCAUAUGAUAACAGGCAUCAACAAAACUAUAAGACACAACCGCAACACCAGCAAAUUCGUAGGAAUUUGUCCUCGGAUGAAAUGAAUAGAAACAAUAGAAAUAUUACAUCCAGUGAUAAUUUAAUGUAUGAGCGUCGCAGGAGGGGACCUGGUAACGAUUCUGAAGAAGAUGAUCGAUUCUAUAGUGGUAAUAAUAGUAACAGAUCUCAGGAACAAACCAGUCACAGAGGUCAAUAUUCAAGAAAUAUUUCUGCGUCAAAUGAUUCCUCCCAACAAUCGCAAAUAUCGCACAAUAGAAAAACUAGUGUUUCAUCUAAUGAUGAGUCAAACAAACUGAACGAUAGUUUUCAUUCAAUACGUUCAGGAAGCUCUUGGUGUGAAGAUACCGCGUUCAAUCUAAUUUCAGAUCAAAAGCGACGUAACGAAAGCUUUUCCAGUCAAGAACAUAAUCAUGGUACAAAUAAUAGUCAUCAUAGUAAAAGAGAAAGUCCGCUAGAUGUGGAUAUUCAACCAAAACAAAUUUUACAGAGGCCACAACGCUUGUCUGAAAGCAGCACUAUUAGUCUUAAAAAAGACGAUUUUAAGGAAGAAGUAAAAGAGCGUAACAUAUCAAAAUCUCCAGUUCCAACUCAAAUUUUACGUCGUUCUGAAAGUCCUCAAACCGAUUCAAACAGAAAGGAAAAUGUUUCUGGAAAUAAUCAAUUAAAAGAUAAUGUAGAAGCAACGAACCCUUCCCAGUUAGCACAGCAUCAUAACCCAGGUCUUCAAGACAGUAAAAAAUCAACGGAAGUUCAUAAAACUGUGGAAGUCGAGAAAACAGAAAAUGAAGAGAAAACAGACCAAGAUGACAAAAAACGGGCAGAUGACAAUAAGAAAGAUAUUACUCCAAGUAGCAAUGAAGAUCGAAAAAAGCUUGAGGAUAAUUCAUCACCGCAGCGACAACAGCAACAACAUACUCAAAAUCAGCCGCAAAGCCAACUUCAAAAUGUAAAUAAAAGGCAAGAAACCUCAAGAGAACAACGCGACCAACGGGAUCACAGAGAUCCUCGAGAUUUGCGGGAUCAAAGAGAUCAAAGAGAUCAAAGAGAUCACAGAGAUUAUAGAGACAGGAAUGAUAGAGAUUCAAAACGACCCAUGAGAAGCGGACCUCCUGGAAGAGAUAUGCGCGAUAAUCGUGAUGGUCGAGAUCAUCGAGAUAAUAGAGAUGGUCGAGAUAAUAGAGAUGGUCGAGAAAAUAGAGAUGGUCGAGAUAAUCGAGAUGGUCGAGAUAAUCGAGAUAGUCGAGAUAAUCGAGAUGGUCGAGAUAAUCGAGAGGGUCGGGAUAACCGAGAUGGUCGGGAUAACCGAGAUGGUCGGGAUAAUCGAGAUAGUCGAGAUAACCGAGAUGGUCGAGAAAAUCGAGAUAGUCGAGAUAACAGAGACAAUCGAGAAAACCGGGAUAAUCGUGGUAGCUAUCGUGGUGGUUACAAUUCUUAUAGGGGUGGAAAUAGUUGGAGUAGUCGUCGAGGAGGUGGUAUGCGUUACGGAACAAAUCGGAGUUAUAAUGAUUGGAGCGAUUCUGCAGAAUCGGAAGAUGAAGGGCAUCAAAGAAGACAUGAAAAAAAUUCUCAAAACCGGAGGGAUACUAACAGGACUUCAAGCAGUGGGCCUAAUGAGAAUAAGGAGAAAACUAAAGAGGGCUUUGCGCCUCGUGGAGAGCCCUCACGCAGAGGUCGUGGGGGAAGUAUAUCAAGUGGUGCAAACUAUCGGCGCUCAGAAAAUAGUCGUUCGCAGUCAAGUUCUAUUUCGCAAAGUAACAGCAAUAAUAAUAAGCGUUCUGAACAAUAUAACUCAAAUUCAAGCAAAAAUUUUAACUCGUCAAAUCAGUCAGCCACUUCUCAAUCUAAUUCAACAAGUCAAAACGCAUCGGAAGAUGUUAAAUCCAACAUCAACAAAACUGAUAGUGAUAUAGAUAAAGUUAAGCAAAAUCAAAUGGCAUUAACAAGUGGUUUACAGAGCAAGAAAGAGUCCACACCGGUGACAACCUUGGAUGAUAAAGCAACAAAGCAAAAUAAUAACUUACAAUCACCGCAGCAACAAUCCGAAACGCAGCAACAAACUCCACAAACUAAUAAAAGCUCAUCGAGCGUUCCACAACCAAUUAAUCAGGCUCAAAAGCGUGAUGAAAAGAAAAGUACACCACCUAAACAAUACGGUUUAACAGAUCGAAGCUCAAAUUAUUCAACGGCGUCGUCUAAUAGAAAAGAUAGUCAAAAUUUAAGACACGAUGACAAAGACAGCGAACGGAAAAAGUCGUUGUCUAAAGAAAAAGAACAGGCCCCAUUGCCUCAAAGAAGUCAAAGCUCAGGUCAUAUUGCUUCAAAUAGAAACAACAUCUCGCAGUAUAAAAAGGAUGAUAGAAAUGUAUCUCAACAAUCUCAGCAAUCUCAACAGCAAGUACAACAACAGCAACCACAGGCGAUCCCACACUCUCAGCAAAAAAAUUCGAUAACAAAACCUCCACCUGGGCUGGGUUUUAAGCAAAAUUCCAAUUUACAACAAAACUCGAACUCCAAUAAAGAACCAGUGCAGCCUUUAACAAAAAGUAAAUCAUCUUCUGAUGCUAGAGAUGUUAGAAGUGCUAAUAUUGACACAAGAAAUGUAAAUCGAAGUAGUAUAAAUUCAAGUUCCAUUUCAAAUGACAACAAAAAUGUUCCUCAACCACAACGGCAACCCAAACAAUGGGAUACUAGAUCGAAUAUGCAAGCAAACACUUGGGAAAAGGCUUCUUCCGAUAACUGUAAAAUUGAAGAAAAUGUAGACAAUGCUGAAAAGACAUCAUUAGCAAGUCAGAAAUUAGCUCAGGAUAAAGGAUCAAUAUUGUUGGAUAGUAAUACGACUCCUGUGAAUACAAUUAUUUUUGAAAACACCAAUUAUAAGAGUGUAAACCAUACACAAAUUAAGCGCCAGACUUCUAAUCAACCGGACGUACCUAGUACAAGCCAACAAAAUAUUCCGCAACACCAAUUACAAGCACAUAAAAAGGAUGAGGUGUAUAAAUCAAAUUCUUCUAUACAAGAACUUCAAAGUCAGCAACAACAAGCUACUGAAGCUAUUACUACAGCUCUCUCCCAAAUGACAUUUGGAUCAACUAAAUCUUCAUCCGAAUCGGAAUAUGAUAAGGAAAUAAAAUUGGGUUUUUUCGAAGCAGAUUUUGGAACUCAUUUGUCUGCGGAAGAUAAAAAUACCGCUGCUGCAGCGGCUGCAGUUGCUGCCGCAGCAAAAGCCGCAGUAGCAGCAGCUGGUAUGUCCUUAAAUCGAUCAAAUUCUGGAACAUCCGUUUCUAGUGUUAUGCAGCAACAACAACAUCAACAACAACAGCAACAACAGCAGCAACAACAACAGCAACAACAGCAACAACAGCAACAACAACAACAGCAACAACAACAGCAACAACAACAGCAGCAACAGCAACAACAGCAACAACAGGCCCAACCACCUCAACCGCAGGCUAUAUCUCAAAAUACAAUAUCACCUUCCACAGCAGAUUUGAAUAUGAAAAUAGCAAGUGUUAAAAAAGUGUGGGAAAGCGUUCCACAGAUGCCAACGGUGUUGGAACAUAGUGGUACGGGCCAACAAGUUGAUGUUGAUACAAAUAAUCAUUUGGCUUCAACUUUUGUGACAUCAUCUCAACAUCAGCAACAACAACAAUUAGAGCAAUUUGUAGCACAGGCUCAUGCGGUAGCAGCUGCUCAGGUUGCUGCUAAUCUUCAUCAUAUGCACAUGUCAUCACCUGGACCUCAAAAUUAUGCAGGAAACGCAUUUGAUUCCUCUUUGGAACAUUUCAGUAAGCAAGAUGUAAAUAAUGACCCCACCGGUUAUACACCGAGCCCACAACAUGGGAAUGCAUCUCAAACUCAACCAACAUCCCAACAGCAACAGCAACAGCCUCAACAAUCGCAACCACCUCAAAAUCAACAUCAUACUCAGAAUCAGACUCCUUUGACUUUAAAACAUGUUACAGACGCGACUGUGUUAUCUGUGUCUAACAAAUCAAAAUCAUCUCAACAGCAACAAAUGCAUCAAUCUGGUUUAGGGUUAUCACCACCACCGACGAUUCAACAACAGCAACAACAAAAUGCUGCCGUGGCUGCUGCGGUUCAAAUGCAUCAACCACAUCAACAGUUUUUCCAACCACCAUCUCAGUAUAACACAAUGCCCUCCAUACCAAGUCCACCUGCUACCGUUUUAUUCAACUCAUCCGGAAUGCCAUCUCAAGGCGGCAUUUAUGCACCUUUUCAAAUAGAUUCCUCGGGACGUUCUCAAUUUUCCCAAUUUCCUGGUCAUUAUGGAACAGCUGGAGCUAGUGCAGCAGCGCCUUAUAAUGCAUAUAUGCAAACGGCACCGAGUAUGCCGCCAGCAGGUCCGGCUCCCCCUCCGGAUAUGUAUCAAAAUUUAACUUCGCAGUUUAGAAUGGGUGGAGCAACACAAUUGCAAACCGGGCCACCACCUUUUAAUCAAUCUCAGCAAUUGAAUAAUCCCAAUACAGUUUUAAUAUCAUCAAAUUCAAACUCUCUAAUGUCUGCUACAGUAAAUAAAUCUUCACAACAAAUCGGAGCAAUUGGAUCUAAAAAUAACGCUACGGCUGUAGCUAACAUUGCAGCACCGACAUUUGGUCAGCAACAAUAUAUGAAUCUAUACCAGCAACCUGGACCACCUCAAUUGCAAUCAAACAGCUAUUAUUCCAAUUCAGCUGGUGGCCAAAAUGCUUUUUACGGGGGCCCAACCGGAGCUGGAAAUGCAGCACAAAAUUAUAGUUUACAAGCAGCAGCUGGUAUAUUUGGAGGCCAUGGGGGGCCUCCAGGAGGUCCCGGACCAUCAGGUGGUGGACCACCUGGACCGCCACCGCAGCAACAAAUGCCCAAUUUUAACUCACAGUUCAUGAAUUCCCCAAUGUUGACAACAGCUGCAAUUAAUCAAUUUCGUGGAGGACCAAAUCCGCAGUCUACGCCAUAUAUGAAAUCGAACCAGGCGCAAAAUCAUAUGCAAGAUUCACUUGGAAGACAACUAAAAAGUCCUUUGGGAAGUGAUGUUAGUUUAAGUCUGGCUAAACAAGUGCAAUCGCAACAAAGCCCUCCUCACCACAAAAGCUAUGCACCUAGUUGGGACUUACAAAACCAAGUAAUGCAACAAAUUCCUCAACAACCCAUCCCAAAUCAACCGAAUCGAGCUGGUCCUUCAAAUAACGUACAACAAGGUCGAGGUCCAAAUGGACCUUCUAAUCAAUUGGCUAACAAUAAUAACGGAAAUGUUCCACCACAACAGCAAAGAUAUCCUACGCCAAUACAACGACCCUCGACAAAUUAUCCACCACAGCAUCAACAGCAAAUGCAACAUCCCCCUCAAUCCCAAACUCCACAACAACAAGCACAACAAUCGCAAUCACAGUCAAAUCGUUCAAUGAGACAACCGCUUCCUCACCAAGGUGGAGUCGGUGGAGGUGGGCCACCUCCAAACCAAGGACCACCAAUUAAUAAACAUUAUUAUGGUAAUUCUGGUGGUAAUAGAGCUCAUCAAACAAACCAAGUCAUGGACCAAUCUCAUAAACAGCAUGGAACUGACAAUAAAAUUGAUCAUCAUAUUGGAGUUGUACAACAGUCUCAACAAUCUGUUAGUUCCGCUGGCAGUGUUGUGCAACAAGCACAAGUUCAACAGCAAUCGGUUCAGCAAUCACAACAACAGUCGCAACAACAGCAAACCACUGAUAAUAUUAAACCUAAUAAAGAUGAGAAUGUUAAAGAUUGAAGAAUCCGCGCACGUGAGACUCUAUUUAUUAAACAUUAAAAACAUAUUUUUAUUCAUAAUUUUUUGAAAAACGAAAGUGUAAAUAAUUAAUUAAAUUUAAAAUUUAAUGGAAAAGGAAAAUUAAAUCUUUGAAAUGCAAAUAACUAAAAUAUUAACAAAAAGAAUAUAACACAUGAAAAGAUUUGAAACGUAAAAUAAAACUAUAAAGACGAAGCAUAGAAGUAAAAAUAUUUAACAUUCAAAAUGAAAAAUUAUUAUUAUGCUAUUAAAUAAAAAACACUUAUACUAAUCUUUUUAUUAUAACUUAACAUACGUUUGUAUUGAAAGAAAUAUUAAGCAAAUUAAGUUUUCAAGUAGAAUAAAAGCCAUUUUCUGCGAUUGAUUUAAUUAAAAAAAAAUAACAUUAAAUUAAAAAACUAGUGUUUAACUUUAGGAUUUAUUACUACUGUCUAGUUGAAUUUCAAACUUUUAUUUGAAAAUUUUUUCAAAAAACAUCAUCGUAGAAGUAGUAAAAAAUU